AUGCGGGCUCUCGUUCAAUUGCCUCGGGUCUUCCCCGCAUCUCCCCGCACGAGGGUGGCCGCCCACUGUCGCCCACCGACUCUUCUUACACAGCACAGAACAGUCCGCUUGCGAAGUGACGUGAGUCCGACCAGUCUCAAGAAUAACUCGAGCAAGAAUGGGGACUCGGAUUCUUCAAGUGACAGCAAGCCUUCGGGCUUUGCCUCCUUGGGCAACACUCUUCUAUUAUCCGCAUUGGCUGCCGGGGCCGGUUACGCAUAUGCAGUCACUUCUAAGAAGGAACAAUCAAGCCAGCCUCAGUACGGGUCAGGGAAGGACUUUACAAAGGCUAUUGCAGAGCUGCGAGUCGUCCUAGGCGAGGAUGCCAUCAGCACGGACGAGGACGAUCUUCAACGCCAUGGAUUCUCAGAAUGGUCCAGUGUCAAUGCAGACCGUCUACCGGUCGCCAUCGCCUACCCGAAUAACACUGAGGACGUCUCCAAAAUCGCUCAGGUAUGCCACAAAUAUCGGAUGCCAAUGGUUCCUUUUUCCGGCGGUUCCAGUCUCGAGGCCAAUUUCUCUGCCCCGCACGGAGGCUUGACUAUAGAUUUCGCUUCGAUGAACAAGAUUCUCGAGUUGCAUGAAUUCGACAUGGACGUUGUGGUGCAGCCUUCGAUCCAAUGGAUGGAUCUCAACGAGAAGAUCAAGGACAGUGGCCUUUUCUUCCCGGUUGACCCCGGCCCAUCUGCAAUGAUUGGUGGGAUGGUUGGCACGAAUUGCAGUGGAACAAAUGCUGUGAGAUAUGGAACUAUGAAAGACUGGGUCAUCAACCUCACGGUUGUCCUGGCCGACGGCCGAAUUAUCAAGACACGUCGCCGUCCACGCAAAACAUCGGCAGGGUAUAAUUUGACGGGACUAUUCGUAGGUUCCGAGGGGACACUUGGUAUGGUGACUGAGGCUACCCUCAAAUUAGCUCCUAUCCCAGAGCAGACACGAGUUGGCGUCGUGACCUUCCCGACCGUGCGCGAUGCUGCUUCGACCGCCAUGCAGCUUAUUCGACAAGGUAUCCUGGUACAGUGCGUGGAAAUCUUGGACGAGGUCCAGAUGGACGUCAUCAACCGGGCCGGUGGCACCGGACGCACGUGGAAGACGUUGCCCACACUGUUCUUCAAGUUUUCUGGCACGAAGGCAGGGGUCGCUGACAGCAUCAACUUAACCACCAAGUUAGCCAAAGGGAACAAUGCCAGCUCCUUUGAAUUUGCACGAGACGAGCGUGAAGCUCAUGACCUGUGGUCUGCGCGGAAGCAAUCACUGUGGAGUAUGCUGUCGCUAAGGGAAAAGGGGUCUGAGGUAUGGUCUACAGACGUUUCGGUGCCCAUUUCCAGACUGCCAGAUAUCAUCGAAAUUUCCAAGAAGGAACUAGACAAUCUUGGCCUGUUUGCCAGCAUUCUCGGGCACAUCGGUGAUGGGAAUUUUCACGCAAGUAUUCUGUACGACCGCGGCGAUCCCAAGGAGCUGGAGCGAGUGGAGAAGGUUGUGUACGAUAUGGUCGAUCGGGCCCUAGAGAUGGAGGGUUCAUGCACUGGCGAACAUGGUGUUGGUCUGGGCAAGAAGGGUUCCUUGAAGAAGGAACUUGGCCCGGACACGAUAGAUGUUAUGCGCUCUAUCAAGCAAUCACUCGAUCCCCAUUGGUUACUCAACCCAGGGAAGAUCUUUGAUUAUGAACGUAGGGCAUAGAGUGCAUUUCCAUAUGAAAGAUUCUCCAUUGCAUUUCGGAUCAUUCUCGAAAUGUACUGGUACAAGUGGCCAUUUCGAAAAAAUUGAAUGAUUAUAAC